UCAUAGAAAAACACCAACAAAAGCCAGAGUUUCUUGCCUUUUUCUUUCUCUCUCUCACACACAAAUCACUGUGUUGACGCUCCAAUUAAUGGCAGAAGAUAAGCAUCAGCCUGAAAUCGAGCCCGAGAUGGACGUAGAUGAAGGAGGAGAAGACGAAGACGCAGAUGAUGAAGUUUUUUACGAGAGAAUUGAAGCCCCAAAGUUCGUAGAUUUCUCAACUCCCGACCACUACCGCCCUGAUGAUCGUUACUGGUUCUGUCUCCGUGUUGGCUGCGACCAGAAACAUGAAGAAGAAAUGGACUCAGAGAAAAUCUACAAGGAUUUCAUCCUCCGAGUAAUGGCUGCUAGAAGCCCCAAUGUUAGACUUCAGAAAGCACUAAGCAGACAUGCUGCAGGCAAGAACUUAAAGUGCCCACUUACAGUGCCAGCAAAAUCUUCCAAGUCUAGACUGUCAAAGUUAGCUGCUGUUUCAACCAUUUCUCGUAAAUUGAUUGAAGACAAAGAGAAGACCAGUUCUCAUAAAUUGAUUGAAGAUAAAGAGAAGGCUGGUCAUCCAUCAAAGUCAACUGCCACUCCAAAAAUAAGAGGAAGACAAGUUGCUGCCAAGUAUCUAACAACCCCAAGGAACAAAAAAUGCCUUCCAAACCCAAAUUCCUUUCAUAGUGUGCAAAAUCCAAAGCCUGCCCUUGAUGUUCCAAAGAAUAAGAUCAUAGCUAAGGCUUUGGUUUUCCACUCCCCGAAGAAAGCCAUCAGUUUAAAGAAAUCAGUGGAACUGCGAAUUCCCUUAACCAAAUUAUGUCAAGGAAUCAAGAAGCUAGAGAUAACAGAUCAAAAGAAGCGCCUACUGAAGUACUCCGGGAAGUCAAAGGAUACAAAACCUAAUUGCAGAGAUGCUAUGAUGAACAGAAAUCCUCAGAAGGACAAAAGCAAGACCCCCAAGAAUACCGGAAAGUCUCAAACUCGAGUACCAAGGGAAUCCAGACCUUUACACUCAACUAACAUUCAGAACCAAGCUAAAUUGGGUAAGCAGUGCCACUCCAAAAACAUGGCAGAAAAUGAAUGCAGCAAGACAGAAGUUGAUUUAGCGUUGAGAGACGGUAACCAAGAGAUUGCUACUGCUUUAGACAACCAUAAAAAUUCUGCACAGCCAGAAGCUAAUGUCUGCUCAGCUUUACAUUCUACCAAAAAUAUGGAUUUGGCAUCAGCAGAUGCUGUGACGGAAGAAUUGAAAAGUGAUGCUGAUCAAAAAGAUUUGGUGGGAAAUGAUCUCCCACAAAGUCAACUACCAACUGGAGAGGAUCAUAAUGGUACCGAAUUGAAUACUAUGGACCAUUCCAUUUGUUUCCAGACUUCAGAAGGGGAAGGACAUCACCACAGUGAGGGCGUGGACAGUGAUGACAAAGAGAACGUUUCCGUCCCCGAUGAGAACAGAAGUCCCACCAACAAUUUAAACCAGGCUGGACAAAAAGUUCUUGGUGUGCAGAAGAUACAAAAAAUCGUCAAGAAGAAUGCUCAACCAGCAGCCAAGAAUCUUAAGGAAAGUUUGCUUUCCACAAACGCUGGAGUUUCAGGGAUGAAGCCCAAGAAGCCAAAGCCUACAAAUCCUAAACCUUUCAGGCUAAGAACUGAUGAAAGGGGAAUUCUUAGGGAAGCUGACUUACAAAGGAAAAAACAGGGUAAUGUAGAAGAUCCUGACAACGAAAACAGAUGCACCAAAGACAAUCCUGAAGGCAAUGAGAAAGAUUCAAAGGGCUUGCAAAAUGAUUUAUCCAAUGAGAGUGGGAUAAAAAGCAGUAAGACUUCAGACGGGAAAGUGAGAUUGAGGAAAUCCAGUAUAACACCAGAGAGAUCUAAUGCUACACAAUUAAAGACAGCCAAUUUAAGAAAUGCUAAAUCUCCUAUGGUAUCAUGUUUGAGACAAGGUCAGCAACUCACUGUAAUACAAGAAGCAUCAGCUGACAAAUCCAAAGCUAAGGCUUUGACGCCUUCCAGAAUGUUAUCUCAUGGAAGAAGGCCUCUGACAAUUCCAAAGGAGCCACACUUCCACAGCACUCACCGGCCCAAAAGUUGCACAAGAAACUUAGUGGAACAAGUGCCCAUGUAAAAGGAUUUAAUUAAUUCUUGAGUUGUGUGUGUAUGUACUUCAAAUGAUUCAUUUGAGUAGAACAUUAAGUUUUGAGUUAUGUAUGCACAAAAGUUACAGAAGAAACUAGCAUACCCUUGUUAUAACACCCUUGUAAUAUUCAAAGUUAAUUCAAUUAAUUCUUGAGUUGUGAA